UGCUGGAACAACUGGAAUAUUUUGUUCAAUUCGCUUCGCUGUAUUCGUGAUUUAGUUUAUAGUCCGCUUAUUUAAGAAAAAGUCCAAGCAUAUCGUAUUCAUUUAAGAAAUCUCUAAAGCAAAAGUAUAACUAGUACAAGUUGUUAGAACAAGAAUCUGUUUCUAAUACUGGGAUGCACCCUUCAGCACCAGCAGCCGUACAAGAAGCUGAUCAAGCUCCAGCUCAUCCUCAAGAUGAACGCGUUGUCGUCAUUGGCGAGGAGGCGAACAACCCUUCUGAACCUGAAAAUCUGUCCGUUAGUGGUAAGAGCACACCAAUUUCAACUGCAACGCCUGAAGCCAACAUUAAGGUGGAAUUUCUGAAAGUCGAAGAUGUCACCACAGAUGUGGAUCAAUCUGAUUCGGACGAUGAGGAGCUCGAAGUGGCUGAUGAUGAUGACAUGCAUACAAGCCGAACAUCUGAAUGCGCUUCCAGUCAAAGUAAUUUCAGUCACCUCAGCGAAGACAACGAAUCCUUGGAGCAUGUGCAACGCACGGCCGAAGGAAAUGUUUUUAUGAGCGAAUCCAGUCAAUUCCCAAACAUAGCCACCCAUCCACCUACUGAUCAUGUCUAUGGUAUGCAACUUCCUCGUCGCCAUACUAUGCCUUCGCUACAUUUUCCCGGUACCAGACACAAAUUUGAUGUGCACCAUCAAAAUCCAUUGCACUUGUUGCCACACAGUGUUAUGCCAACGAUUGUACCGACUCCCGCCACCAUGUGGAGUGCAGCGCCCCCUUUUAGUGGUUCCAACCAUCUCACCUCUGCGCUAUCAUCAACCAAUAUACCCACGAGUACUAGUGCCGCGGUAGCGAUUGCUGCCGCUGCAACAGCCCCCGGCUACGCGGGUAUGGACCCAUACGGGCUCGGCCUAGUGGAGCAGGAAUAUGUACGCAUUAUGGCCGAAGAGGCGCAUCUCAAAGCCAUCAAUGCGAGAAAACAACGUCCAAAAAAAUUUAAGUGUCCACACUGUGAUGUGGCUUUCUCCAAUAAUGGACAAUUGAAGGGGCAUAUACGUAUACAUACCGGAGAGCGUCCCUUCAAAUGUGAUGUAGAAUCUUGCGGUAAAACAUUUACGCGCAAUGAAGAGCUAACACGCCACAAGCGAAUACAUACCGGACUGCGACCUUAUCCGUGUUCCGCUUGCGGUAAGAAAUUCGGACGUCGCGACCAUCUGAAGAAACACAUGAAGACUCAUAUGCCGCAGGAACGUCAAAUGGGUUCUGCCAUCUUUGUGCCUAUGUUUCCUUACCUCUAUGGAUACUAAACGAUCUCAUUAAUCAAACGCGUGUUUUUCCGAAUGUCCAAAUACUCUAAACAAAAUGUGAAAAUUAAUAUACUGUAUCCUUCCUUACUCACCUACUCCUACGCGGCUAUCGCGCUUCCUCCCUAAUACCCACAUACACAAAACAGAACAUGACAUCCAAUAUACCUUUCCUUUAUGGGUCCUCAGUGAAUUCGUCACUGAAUCGCGCAUUUUCCGAAUACUCAAAACAAAAUCUGUAAUCCAGUACAACCUACCUCUACUAAGAGACCUCGUACCGAUUACUUAACAAUUGCAAUUACUCUAUAGCUAUUUGCAAUCAUCUACUCCGUAUUGUACCUGAACUCUGGAUGCAAUCUUAGAUAGAAAUACAUCACAUAUACAAAACUUCAUAUAAAUACCAAAGAAUAUAGUAGCGAGAGCAGUCUGGACAAUUUUGUAAAUAAUAGAUGGCAAAUUAGGUUUUUUCACGCCAAGUUAAUACGGUGAGCUGCAAGUUCCAGACUGCACUCUUUUCGUCCUUCUCACGUCAAGUGAGUUGGAUGAUGCGCACUUGGUAUACAAUAUGUACAUACAUACAUAUAUGUAUAUCGUCACCUAAAAUGCAAAAUAACGUAACAUAACUUUUCAUUAGUUGAAAGGCGAAGGAAAAACGAU